CGUGGCUCCGCAACAACUGCGCCACUCUUUGGGGUCCUUCCAUGCCGACGACUGUUGCCUGGAAACACCCAGCAUAGCCGCCACCUCCGGCUCACUUCAUAUACCGUCUGCCUCUCCUUUGCUUCUCUAUCCCUAUUUUUGACAGCCAACCUUUCUUCUACUUGAUCUAUAGCACCUUCCCGCUCCUUUCUCCUAUCCCCUAAAUCGUUCAGCCAAGAUGGGCGUGUCUGACCGCGUCCUCCACCAUGUCGUCCGUCGCAGUGUCGAGGCAGUUGGCGACAUGGCCUUGAACCGCCAGCAGCGCCUCGAAAACGAUGCUAAGGCGUUUGAUGAGUAUGACGGUCGCGAAAUCCCCGUCGGCAGCGUCAUCACCAUCGGCAUGACAGUCCUCGCCUUUGUCGUGAUGUAUGCUUCGAUCCAAUACACUCUUCGUCAUGUAAUCACUACCCUUUGCAUGAUCGAGACGCCUGCUGCCGCCGUCACCAUCUCCGUUUCUGAUGAGCUUGAUGCGACUCUCAGCAAAGGCGAAAAGGAAGACGAGGCUUUGCUCGAGGGCCAGCCCGCCAUUACCAUUGUCAACCCAAAGCCAAUCACUUCGAAGAUCCGCAACACAUUGAGACAUCUGACUGCGCACGCUGGUUUCGCUUCUCGUUGGAGGGGACUUCCCUAUGGCAUGGUGUACUCCAUUGCCAGCGCCUUCCUUUCCAACUGGACCUACAUGCUUCUUCCCGAGUUCCCUGGUAAGCUUGUCCUCAUCAGCGUCGGUACAUCCGUACUGUGCGCGCGUCUGCACAUGAUGUGGACCCACGCCACCAUUGCCAUGCCUUCCAACAAGCAUUUCAAGGAUCGUGCUUCCGUCAAGGCUUUCAAGCAGCUUGCACUUCCCGCUGCCGUCUACGAGGGCGUUCAACUUUUGGUCAUGUACCUCGCUGCCGGCCUUGCAGAGUUUAUCCAGGCCGACUUCGAGGUGCUCGGUGCCCAGAUCGAACGUGACGAUAGCACCGAGACCGCGUCUACCCUGAUGAUCUACGCGAAGGUCGCAGGCGCCAUACUACUCCUGCUCGGCGCCGGCUUGUUUGUUAUCCUUCCCGCUCACGUGCAGCUUGUCCGCGUUGAGGCGUCUCUGCUUCCAGAGGAUGAGGAGACCAUUGUCCCCUUUGACCGCAGCUUUGGCGGCAAGGCUGUCCCUAAAGUGCUGGGAGGUUCGGGUGCUAUUGGCUUCCUUGACGCCUGGCGCAGCUUCGACCGCGAGGCCCGCCUUCGGCUCAUCAAGCUGUAUCUCAAGAUCUUCUUGGUCAGCGCCACGUUUGUCCUCCUUGCCGUUCACGUCAUCGCUCUGGAGGCGUGGGUUCUUGCUAGCCCGGCCCUCGACGCUUUCACGACGCAG